AUGCUAAAGUAUUGCCUCGUAGUCGCUGUACUAUUUAUUACAGCAAUUUCCGCUGAUGACGAGGAAAAGCCGAGCGCGCUGAGUAAAUUCGGCGGAACCCCUGAGGAUUGGCAAGGGCUGAUCGACGAGAUGGAGGAGCUGAGGCGUGAAGGAUGCGCACGGUGCAACGAGGCACCACAGAAUAAGAAAAAGGCCUGCUUCCUGAUGCUCAACUACAUCGGGCAGUUUAUCGGCAAAACACGGCAAUUGCAGGAUGUUGUCGGGCGAUUUGAGAGCUUGAAACUACAG